AUGUGCAAUACGCGCAGGGGAAGCUCGAUACGCAGCUCAAGCCGGGCUGGUGGAACGCUAGCACGGGUGCAGGACAGGUGUCGGCUCAGCUCUCGCUCGUUCCGUCCGGUCAACCUCGAUGGAACACGCCCGCUCCCGCAGGACCCGUCUUUGCAAUCGCCUACAACGGAUCGCAACUACCCUUCUGUCACCCAGUCUGCCGCCUCUUCGAACUACACCGGCCCCUCAGUCGAAUCCGUCGCCGACCCCGCGACGAAAUCCUCCUCUCCCUCCGGCGGCAAACUCGGCGCAGCAAUCGCCGUCCCGCUCCUCGUCGUCGCCCUCGCCGUCGUCGGCUACGUGACCUGGCACAAACUGCGCAAGCGGCCUGAGAAGAAGCGGUUCAGCGCAGUCGUCGACCAUCGCAUGUCGAUGAUUUCGCAGGGGACGUGGCAGCCUCGUCCGUCGAUGGCUGGGUCGCGCCCAGGCUCCCUCCACACUUCGCACCGUCCGUCGGGAUCGCAGUACACGGCUGCGAACAGGCAGUCGUACUUUGCCGACCCAAACGCGCGGCACUCGACUUACUCGUUCGCCGGAUCAGGCGUCGGCGUCCCUUCGCCUCUUGGUGCAGGCAUCCGCCAGCCUCCGCCUGCAGAGAUGCGGCAGACUGGCUCGGGCGAGCGGAUGAGUCGCGUUUCGUUCGCUGCGGGAGAAGCACUCGGACGGCCUUCCUUCACCAGUCAAGCUCGACCAGGCAGCGUCCACACCCGUUCAUCGCUCCACCAAAGCCAGCUACGCAACUCGACCUUCUUCUCCAGCGCGACCGAGGUCCACUCGCCCCAACUCUCCCGCUCAGCCGGUCCGACAUUCGGCUCGAGUCCCUCAAUCCCUCGCUCGCCCUCUUCGUCCGUCAGUCUCGCCGUCACCGCCCUAGAAGGCGACUACUUGUCGCGCUCCGGCACGCGCGAAGAACUCGCCUCCAUCCGUUCACCGUCGAACUCGUCUUCCCUCGGCGCGCUGGCAGGCUUCUCGAAACCCGUCAAGCCUUUCGGACACGCGCACAAGACGUCUGUUGCGAGCUCGUUGAGGAACGAGUUGUCGAGCAUGCCGGCGGCUGCGAUUGUUCGAGAUGGACGGCUCGCGUACUCGCAGCCUCCUUCGGCAUCGGGACAGUCUUCGCCCGUCUCGCCGUUCGGCGAACACGCCCUCUCAGCAGAUCUUCCUUCGCCCGCGCUCUCCUCUCCCUCGCUCACCGACUCGCUCGCGAAACUCGAAAUCCCCGACUCCUCCAUGCCUCGGGCCUUCCACGACUCGCACCGCUCGUCCCAGAUCCUCUCACCAGACGAAGCGCUCGCCUCCUACGCUCGGGACGCGACCUCUCCAACUCCAGGCCAAGCGCGUGGAGCGGCGAAGGGCGGACUGGGAGGGUUCUUGGGCGGAUGGAGGAGGGCGGGAAUGAUGAGGAGCUUGACUGGGGGGAGUAUCGCAAGUGUGCUCAGAGGCGGUGGUAGGAGAGGUGGGGCGACGGAGGUGGUGAGGGAGGAAGACGAAGACGCUCAGGAGGAGAAGCGCGAGCGUGAGCGCGCGAAGAGUCCGUUUGAGGACCCUGAGGAAGUGGAUGAGAAGCAUGAGGAGGGCGUCCAUGCGGGUCUUGAGCUCGAGUUGGGCGAGUCGGUUGGGUACGCGGAGGGCUUUGAGCGGAGGGAGCAGGAGAAGCGGGAUGAGGUGGUGGACGAGAAGAGCGGACAUGCCUUGUGA